AUGCCCAACUCGAUAGCGAGGCUGAAAGCCAUACCCGAUGAAGCAGGUCCCAGUGCUUCGAGAGGUACAAGGGAAAUACGGAGAGCCUAUCUUUCGCCAGAUGUACUUCGGACUUAUAAAUUGGUAGCAGGAGAUUGGGUCUUGCUGAAAUCUGAGAAGGGUAUCUGUGUGGUUCAGAUAUGGCCAAGAGUAGGACUUGAUGAUGACGCAAUCGUACUCUCCUCAACUCAUCUUUCCAACCUGUCCAGUUCUCCAAUCGAUCUUUAUCGUUUCACCCCUGAACUGCACUCGCAUGGUAAAGCAUCUCGAAUUAGGGUGAAAGAAGUACUCGAAACUACAACCAAGGCCAAAAGCAAAGCAACUGUAGCCGAGGAGACACCAAGGGAAAAGGAAUGGCUUCGAGCAUCAAUCAAGGAAGUUCUCUCUUCCACAAACUACAUAAGCAACGGCUUCAAGAUGACAAUAGGAGAUUCGGAUAAGUCAGCUCGAGUCUUUGAGAUCACCUCCAUCGAUCUAUCGACCAAAGAGUCAGCUAAGAAGAGUGGAUCUCCGUUGGAAGAUGGAUUAGAGAGACUCAAGAUUAGCGGGGAUGAAAGUGCAAAAGUCAUGUACGCAGUGAGCUGGAAGACUGAGGUAAUACUAGGAGGUGAAGAGCAGAAGGUUCAAUCGGGAGACUCCACGGAAAAAGACGGAAAAAUCAGUACAAGCGGUACAGCGAAAUCUCAUUCCAACACCACCGACGGUCCUAUCCCAUCCUACAUCAACCUCUUCACGCCCUCGCAACCUCCGACAGCAGCGUAUGGCCUACUAGGUGGACUUCAACCGCAGAUAGCCCAAAUAAAAUCUCUCUUGGACUUGCCAAUGCUACAUCCUUCCCUGUUCUCAAUGUUCGGUCUCACCCCUCCUCGAGGUAUAUUACUACACGGUCCACCCGGAACAGGUAAAACCGCCUUGGCCAGAGCAGUCGCCUCUUCCGCUCAGUGUUCUUGCAUCGUCGUCAAUGGACCUGAACUAUCCUCGGCGUAUCAUGGAGAGACGGAAGAGCGUCUAAGAGGCGUAUUCAACGAAGCGAAGAAACGGAGUCCGUGCAUUAUUGUCUUGGAUGAAGUCGAUGCCUUAUGUCCAAGGAGGGAUGGCGGAGAAGGUGGCGAAGUGGAAAGAAGGGUGGUGGCCACUCUCCUUACUCUGAUGGAUGGAAUGAGCCAAGAAGAUGUAGGGGAAGAAAGGAUAUUUGUGGUAGCUGCUACGAAUAGACCAAAUAGUAUCGAUCCAGCAUUAAGAAGACCAGGUCGAUUUGAUCGAGAGAUCGAAAUUGGGAUACCCGAUGUCAAUGGACGACGACAAAUAAUUGAUAUCAUGCUUUCAAGAAUGCCCCAUUCUCUCAGCGAGCAGGAGGUAUCAGCAAUCGCAUCUAGAACUCAUGGGUAUGUCGGUGCGGACUUAUCGUCACUUAUCAGAGAAUCAGCGUCAGCAGCUAUUCAGCGGUGGCACUCCUCAAACCCAUCGGAAGGAAGCAAACCGGUUCUUACAAAUGCGGAUGUUUUGACUAUCCUUCCUACGAUACGACCAUCAGCGAUGAGAGAAGUGUUCUUGGAGACUCCUGCUGUGCGAUGGUCAGAUAUAGGUGGGCAAGACGAUGUCAAGCAGAAAUUACGAGAAUGUGUAGAAUGGCCAUUGACACAUCGAGAUACAUUUACUCGAUUGGGUGUGGAAGCUCCACGAGGUGUACUGUUGUAUGGUCCACCAGGUUGUAGUAAGACCAUGACGGCGAAAGCUUUAGCCACGGAGAGCGGUAUCAACUUUAUUGCCGUCAAAGGUCCAGAGCUGCUCAACAAAUAUGUCGGAGAAUCUGAAAGAGCAGUUCGAGAGAUUUUCAGAAAGGCCAGAGCUGCGUCGCCAUCGAUCGUCUUCUUUGACGAGAUCGACGCACUUGGAUCAGUUAGAUCGGAUGACAAUACACAUUCAGGUGUCUUGACAUCUCUUCUCAACGAGAUGGACGGUAUUGAAGAGCUAUCCGGUGUGACCGUAGUGGCAGCUACCAAUCGACCAGAUGUUCUUGAUUCCGCCCUGAUGAGACCAGGCAGACUGGAUCGAAUCCUCUAUGUCGGUGCGCCUGAUCUGGAUACUAGAAAAGAUAUCUUCAGGAUCCGAUUGGCUACUAUGGCUGUCGAACCUGGCGUAGACGUCGAAGAGCUAGCUCGUAUAGCGGACGGCUGUUCGGGAGCCGAAGUAGCUUCAAUCUGCCAGGAUGCUGCAUUGGCAGCUAUGAAUGAAGAUCUAGAUGCGCCUUAUGUCAAGAAAUCGCAUCUUCUCCAUUCGGCUCGAACGGUGAGAAGGAGAAUAACGCCAGAUAUGAUAUCUUUCUUCGAAGAAUGGAGGGAUCAAUCGGGAGUGAGGAGUGCGUAG